GUCAAGAAGAGAGAAGCAUGGCUGCGAUGAUGUAUAGAGGCUCUCGAAAUGUAUGGCUCAGGUGGAAUAAGCACUUUACCGUCGUGUCAACACGAUCCAUGGCCUCGAAGACACCAGUGGGGUUUAUCGGGCUUGGAAACAUGGGCAGUCCAAUGGCCAAAAACCUGUUAAAAAAUGGGUACCCUGUCAUCGCGACUGACGUCUUUCCAGAAUCUUGCAAAGAGCUGCAGGACCUCGGUGCCCAUGUGGUGGACUCUCCUGCAGACGUGGCCGAGAAAGCAGACCGUAUUAUCACAAUGUUGCCAUCUAAUCCCAAUGUUAUAGAGGCUUACACAGGCCCAAAUGGCAUCCUAAAGAAAGUGAAGAAGGGGACGCUAUUAAUUGACUCCUCUACAAUUGAUCCUGCCGUCUCUAAAGAAAUGGCUGUAGCUGCGGAGAAGAUGGGAGCUGUGUUCAUGGAUGCGCCAGUGUCUGGAGGUGUUGGGGCUGCCAGCAUGGGCAAACUGACCUUCAUGGUUGGUGGACUGGAGGAGGAGUACAAUGCUGCACAGGAGCUGCUCAGCUGUAUGGGAGCCAAUGUUGUUUACUGCGGACAAGUUGGCACUGGACAGGCAGUAAAGCUCUGUAACAAUAUGCUGCUGGCCAUUGGGAUGAUUGGGACAGCAGAGACCAUGAACCUUGGCAUCAGACUGGGUUUGGACCCCAAACUGCUUUCAAAGAUCCUGAACAUGUCCUCAGGUCGUUGCUGGUCCAGCGACACAUAUAACCCAGUCCCAGGUGUAAUGGAGGGGGUCCCUUCUGCCAACAACUACCAGGGUGGCUUUGGGACAAUGCUAAUGGCCAAAGAUCUUGGUUUGGCCCAAAACACUGCCACCAACACAAAGACCCCCAUCCCUCUGGGAUCCCUUGCCCACCAGAUCUACCGAAUCAUGUGCUCACGCGGCUACGCUAACAAGGAUUUCUCAUCCGUCUUCCAGUUUCUGCGCGAAGAGGAAGGCCAGUGAAAGGAGGGGGGAGGAUGGCUGACAAUGUUGCUAUCAUAGACUAUUACACACACCUCAGAACCACACACCCCAGUGUCCCUUAUCCCAAUAUGCUCAGGAGAGACUAAGGCCCUGCUCUGAAGCACAGAUCUGCAGUCCAAUUAUCAUAAUGUAUUUUUACACAUGUACCCUUGUGGCUUUAGGUGAAUUUGUGGUGGUGCUUUUAUCUUAAAGGAAAUAAAGCAGUUCUUUAUUCCAGUUUGCAUUGAAAAGCCAAAUACAGAGGUAUGACUAGGAGCUGCAGGUUUACAUACAACUUUGCAACUAAAACAUUGUUUUUUUUUUUUGAAGGGGCUG